AAUACUGUUUUUGUUUUGACCAAAAUCGGAAACAAAGUAGCAAAUAUCAGAAACUAGUGGACGUGAAAGGAUUAUCGUGCCCUCCAAUUUUGCAUGUGCACUGUUUCAUACCACAUCAACGUGGAUCAUUCACUGCCAUUUCUUAAAAUUAAAAAAAUACAAUUAAAAAUUGGUUUAAACACAAUUAAAAAUUAUGCUAGGUAAUUAAUUUUAAUUAUAAGUUAACAAAGUUGAGAAGUUGAAAGUUAGAAUUAAAGUCAUGAAGCAAACGUUGACUUGGAAUUUAGCAUGAUGUGAAUGACGAAGAUUUGUACGAAAGUAAGAUGUCGUAAAUUUGAGUCGAGCAUAACGUCUUCUAAUUCUACCAACUUACGAGGUGAGCGAGAGCGGUGGAACUCAUAAUAAUAAAACCCUUUUCAGCGUUUCGUUUCUGUAGUUUCUUUUCGAACGAUUCGGUUUCGUAACCGGGUCGGAAAAUCGCAUUUCUUCCCAAACAAGUAUUUCUGUUUCUGCGGUGAGCCUUUUGGUUUUGCUCCUUCCUUCUUUCAGAACUUGAAUCUCUAAAAGAUAAUUUCAUGUCACGUGGUGAGGGGCAUGUGGAAUGAUAAUUUUGACGGCAUGGGCGAAGAAUUGGAGAUUGGUGAAGGUGUGCAAGUGCAACAUCAGAACAAGGAUGAUGGCUAUUCACUAAACCCUGAAUUCCGCGGAGUAUUAAAACCCCAAGAAUAUGAUGAAAUUCCAGAAGAUAAGAAUAUGGCUGAAGGAAGGGAACAUUUGCAUCCAGGUCUAUUUUCUGAUGGCGAUGGUGGUGUCAUGGUUGAAGAGUUAAUGGUGAAAAGUUGUAACGGUUCUACCCUAGAAAUCGGUACUUUGAACGGUCCAGGGUCUUUGCAUGAUAGCCGGAGUCCAUGGCGGCAUAGUUAUCAGCCGUUUGCUGAUUCGCGUGUGGGAAGGGAUUGCAUUAUAGCUAGAAAGAGUGUUCAAGCUACAUCUAGUGCUUGGGAAGAUUUUGGGCCCAUGUCUUCCCGAGACAUAUUAGCUAGAAAAUCAGUCAAUUAUGAUCAUGGCAAUGUCGUGCAGCACUUGUCCGCUGAUGACCACACAGCUGAGCAAAAAGAGGAUGAAGGAGAUACUGGCGAAGUAAUGCAAACAAAAACUGCACACAAAUCCGGAUUUUCAGAGUAUUUUAGUAGAAGUACAUUGAAGGGAAAGGGUAUUGUAUGUAAAGGUCCGUCUUCUAAUGCUUUAUAUGUAGUGUCCAGAGAUCAGAACCUCAUGAAGUCUGGCAUUGAUAUUCAGAUGGAUUCUAAUGCAUUCCCGAGCUCCGAUUUAAAGAUUGCAAAGUCUCCUCAUAAUGCUACUGUGCCAAGAUUUGGUGGGUCUGACACUGAUGGUGUGAUUUUGAGAGAAUGGUUGAAAUCUAGGCACCACAAAGGAAGCAAAACAGAGCAUUUAAGUAUAUUCAGAAAAAUUGCAGACUUGGUUGGCGGUUUUCAUUCUCAGGGAGUUGCAAUGCACAAUCUGUACCCUUCUUAUAUUAAAUUGCUACCAUCCAACCAUGUUAUGCAUCUUGGGUUGCCAACUCAGAAACACAAAUUAGAUAGUGUUGCGAAUUCUGAAGUUCUUCAGCUAGAGAAUUCCCUUAUUAGAAAAAGGCUGUCGGAGAAAGUAAAAUCUUCCUCUCAUAAUUUGCGGAUGAAGAAACAGAAAUUCAGUGACAAUGUUAGAGUUGCUGGUGAUAAGAGUCGGUGCCCUCCUAUGACUGACUUGUAUCAUCAAAUUGCCAAUGAUGUUAAAGUCAAUGCAGUGGUAUCACAAGAUCAUUGCAAUGAAUACAAGGAAGAUAUCCAAUUUUCUAAGCAUAAUAUUCGGAGACCGUCUCGCCUCCCUCACAUAUCUAAUGCAGGUCAAUUCCAAUUGACUUCCUCAAACGAAGGAUUGGAAGAAGAAUGGUAUACAAGUCCUGAGGGCGGUUGCACAAUAUUAUCAAAUAUCUACUGUCUGGGGGUCCUUUUUUUUGAGUUAUUUAAUCAUUUUGAUUCAGAAAGAGCACAUACUGCUGCAAUGUCUGCUCUUCGUGGUAGGAUUCUUCCCUCAGCUUUCCUAGCAGAGUAUCCUAAGGAAGCUGCAUUUUGCCUUUGGAUGCUGCAUCCUGAACCAUCAUCACGUCCAACAAUAAGGGAGAUUCUACAAUCUGAUGUGAUAAAUGGAACAAAAGUGGUGGACUGUGAGGAAUUACUCUCAAGUCUUAACCAAUAUGAUGCAGAAUCAGAAUUGCUAUUGCAUUUCCUCAUCUCUCUGAAAGAGCAGAAACACGUGGAUGCCCACAAAUUGACUGAGGAAAUCAGAUGCAUGGAAUCAGAUAUAAAAGAGGUGGAAAGAAGGCAUGAUUUGAGACUAUCCUUGGCUUCCUCGAGCUUGAAGAACAACUCAUCCUGUGGAAUAGAGGGUGUAUCUCUUCUCAAAGAAGCUUCAAGUGCAGAAAUAUUACCACCAGUAUACACAGUUUCUAAAGAAAAUGAACUGAGACUGAUGAAAAAUAUGUGCCUACUUGAAAAUGCUUACUUUUCUACGAGAUCUACAAUUAAGCUUCCUGGAACAGAAACAGCAACCCGCCCAGAUAAAGAUGUGCUGAGAAAUUCUGACAAGUUCUGUGUAGCUCAAAAAGAAAUGGAAAAACAUACAGAUACUUUAGGAGCUUUCUUUGACGGUUUGUGCAAGUAUGCGCGUUAUCAAAAGUUUGAAGUGCGGGGCAUACUAAGAACUGCUGAUUUUAACAAUCCAGUAAAUGUAAUCUGUUCUCUGAGUUUUGAUAGAGAUGGAGACUACUUUGCUGCUGCUGGGAUAUCGAAGAAAAUAAAAGUUUUUCAGUUCGAUGCAAUUUUCAAUAACUCUGUCGACAUCCAUUAUCCUGUAGUUGAGAUGGUAAACAGAUCAAGGCUAAGUUGUGUUUGCUGGAAUAGCUACGUCCAGAACUAUCUUGCCUCCACAGACUAUGAUGGUGUAGUUAAGCUAUGGGAUGCCAAUACAGGUCAAGAGUUUUCUCGACUCACCGAACAUGAAAAGAGGUCCUGGUCUGUUGAUUUCUCUAUUGUAUGCCCUACUAAAUUUGCCAGUGGGAGUGAUGACUGCUCUUUGAAACUGUGGAGUAUCAAUGAGAAAAACAGUUUAGGCACAAUAAGGAAUGUCGCUAAUGUCUGUUGUGUUCAGUUCUCUGCUCAUUCAUCUCAUAUGCUGGCCUUUGGAUCCGCGGAUAAUUCGACUUAUUGCUAUGAUCUUCGCUUUCUUAGAACCCCUUGGUGUGUGUUGAGUGGCCAUCGUAAAUCUGUAAGUUUUGUCAAAUUCUUGGACUCUGAAACACUAGUUUCUGCAUCAACCGAUAAUACCUUGAAGAUCUGGGAUCUCAACAGAACCUCUCCUGUGGGUCGGUCAACUAGUGCUUGCAGCUUAACUCUGACUGGACAUACCAAUGAGAAGAACAGGUUCUCUGAUCUUCUUUCGGGGUCUCUGCUGUCUGUCGGCGGCCGGCCGCCAUGGCCGCCGGCAGCCCUUAAAAUUUCAGUGGGCAGCCCUUUCUCUUCUUAAAUCUGUGCCACAGUCAGCACCAGUGCAGCCAGUCGCCUCUGCCGUCGACCAUCGUCGCUAUCCGCCGGCCGCCGUCACAGUUUUGACCGGUGACCAGCGGAUCUGAAGCGUCUCCUCGAGCGACGGCCAACCCCGCCGGAGUCAAGACCAGACUCAUCUUCACGCGCCUCCACGCGCCGCCUGUCUUUAGCUGGUCUCGGGUGCGUGUGUUUCCACGCGUCACCUUGUCGUCGGCCACCGUCACAGUUCCGACCGGUAACUAGUGGAUCCGGAUCGUCUCUUCAAGCGUGACCUAACCCUGGUGGUCGCCGUCUCUGUCUCGUCCGCAUGCGCUGUCAUGCGCCUCCUCUCUCCGGUAGAUCUCGGACGUGUGUUCAUCACGCGUCGUCUUCUCGACGUCGGCAUCAAACCGCGCUGCUGCCGGUCGUCUCGCUGGAGCUUCUUCUCUUUGUUCUGACCUUCCAUAGCAACCAUAGCUUCCAUCUUCUUUGGUCUUCACAGAAUCUCCAUCUUCUUCCUUUCUCACUAGAUUUGCCGCAGUCGGCACCGGCGCAAUCAACGGCCGCUGCAGUCGCUACCGCCUCAGACAGACGCAACUGCGUAAGUUCUUCUUGGGCUAGAGUUUAGCCCGAUCUUCUUGUGAUACACUGCUAAGUAUCACCACUUGGGAGUUGUCCAGCAAAGAAUUUUGAACCUCCAACAUGUCUUUGGAUCUUUGAUGCCUUUGUUUCAGCAUUGUAGCUUAAUAUUUUGUUUUGUUUUUAGUGGUCCAGCAACUGUGAUAUUUCACAUUUCCGCCGUUCACACUAAGGGGGAGUACGUUUCCAAGACACUGCAAGUCACAUAAAUAUGGGUGUAGUCCCUGCAGUUUUGUAGAUUUCAGCUACUACUGUUGAUCCCGUCACCUAUCCAUCAUUGAUGAGGAUUUAGUGUAGUCCCUGCAGUUUUGUAGCUCUUAGCUUUCAGCUACUACUGUUGAUCUCGUCACUCAUCCAUCAUUGAUUGGGAAUCAGUCCUUGCAGUUUGUCAUUGUCCACCACUGCUCUCCUUCAUCCACUUUUGAAGUUGAAGUUUCACAAGCUGCUGUUAGUCCAUCUAUGUUUGCCUCACUCUUGAAGACAAAUCAUCUAGUUCAACACUGAGUUCAUCUAUUCCAAGCUUAGUUCAUACAAUUUGUAUGCUCCAGCUUGAGGGGGAGUGUUAGAUAUAUUAUAUCUUUUAUCUUUUAGUUAGUUUGUUAUUAUUUCUCAUUUGUAUUUUGGGCUUAACCCAUAUUUCUUCUAUUAUAAAUAGAGAACCCUAUGUGUGUAUUUAACACAAGGGAGAUUAAUCCCAAAUAUAGUUUUUCACUAUAUUCAACUCUUCUAUUAUAAAUAGAGAACCCUAUAUGUGUAUUUAACACAAGGGAUAUUUCCUCCCAAUCUUCUCUAUUUCUCAGAGCCUCUUUAAGGGUCUGUUUGUCACACACCUCGAAAAUUGGAUUUAGAAAAGGAAAAUAAAUUCACUUUUUUAGGAUGCUAUAUGAAGAUUGUGAUGGUCUGACUAAGUAAUGAAAAACAAAUUUACAAAAUUCAGAUUUACCUGCCAAAAUAUUAUUUUGUUAACUACUCUGGUGAGCGACUCCUAUGGAUUCACGUCAAAAAGACUGAGUUGAGUACACCUCUUGCUA